CUGCCACGGACGGUCACAGAACCGAUCCCAGAUCAUUCUUCAACCGCGGAAAGGCACCAAGACAGGGAGUUUGUGUUACAAACCCAUCAUGUCUUCUGCAGAUAUACGAGUUUGAGUCAGUCAGUGUUUAAUUCGCUCAUACACAUAUUCCUCUGACGUUUAGCCCAGCGCGCGCGCGCUCUAUCUCUCUCUCUCACACACACACACACAACACACAGUCUGCUGGCGUGAUCAGGACGGCUGCUCGCGAACACACACAGAAACCACAGCAGCCGCAGAAGACACAAUUACAUCGCAGCACUCCGUUCUACAGCUAGAAGUCCACGGCCGCUACCAUGCCACUAUUUGGUAAAUCUCACAAGAACCCCACAGAAAUUGUGAAGACCCUGAAGGACAACCUCUCCAUCCUGGUCAAACAGGACAAGAAGACAGAGAAGGCUUCAGAGGAGGUGUCGAAAUGUCUGGUGUUGAUGAAGGAGAUCCUGUACGGCACGAACGAUAAGGAGCCGCACACAGAGACGGUGGCCCAACUGGCCCAAGAGCUCUACAACAGCGGCCUGCUCAUCUCACUGGUGGAAAACCUCCAGGUCGUCGACUUUGAGGGUAAAAAGGACGUUUGCCAGAUCUUCAACAACAUCCUGCGCAGGCAGAUCGGAACCCGCAGCCCAACGGUGGAAUAUUUCUGCUCUCAUCAGGAAGUUCUUUUCAUCUUACUCAAAGGGUAUGAGACCCCUCAGGUGGCAUUGAAUUGUGGGAUUAUGCUGCGCGAGUGCAUCCGGCAUGAACCUCUCGCCAAAAUCGUCCUCCACUCUGAACACUUUAAAGAUUUCUUCAGCUACGUGGAGAUGUCCACAUUUGACAUCGCCUCUGAUGCAUUUGCCACCUUUAAGGACCUGCUCACGAGACACAAGGUCCUGGUGUCGGAAUUUUUAGAACAGAACUAUGAUGCGGUUUUUGAUAACUACGAGAAACUGCUUCACUCUGAGAACUACGUGACCAAGAGACAGUCGUUGAAGCUGCUGGGUGAACUGCUCCUCGACAGACACAAUUUCACAGUCAUGACACGGUACAUCAGUAAACCAGAGAACCUGAAGCUCAUGAUGAAUCUCCUGAGGGACAAGAGCCCCAACAUUCAGUUUGAGGCUUUCCAUGUCUUUAAGGUGUUUGUGGCCAAUCCAAAUAAAACGCAGCCCAUCGUAGACAUUCUUUUGAAGAACCAAACGAAACUCAUCGACUUCCUUAGCAACUUUCAGAAGGAUCGCACGGACGACGAGCAGUUUAACGACGAAAAGACGUACCUCGUCAAGCAAAUACGAGACCUAAAGAAACCAGCCUCCUAAACUUUAGCUAUUGCAGUAUUAGGGAAAAAAAAAAACACACAAAAAAUAUAUUAACAAUAAUAAUUCUAUUUAAAAUCUUGAAAAAUGUGUCUCUUCUUAGUUCUGAGGCUUACAAAAGAAGGUUCCUGAUCAUUGAUGUUCUCUGUUCUUAUUUGCUUUUCUUUUUCCUUCUUUCUUUUCUUUUAUCGCAAGCUCUCGUGCCAUGAUAGGAUGUUUUAAAAGUAGGAAGCAGGGCAGUUUGAGUCACAGGACGAACACAUCAAGACACGUUGCGGAUGAGGAAGCGCAGGUAAACUUUAAUUUUUUCCGUUUCUGGACACUCCACACUCUCCCUGGCAUCAGCAGGAAGAGAUUGUUGCCGGAAAAGAGCUGAAAUUCCUAAACGAUCAGUUACGAGCUCUCUUGAUAUCUUGCAACUGCACUAAUCUUCAUUCUUGCAUUCCUCCGUUCCGUCGUCUUUUCUCGGG